AUGUCGGAAUCUUCUGGCGGCACCGAGACACAGGUGCCUACGCAGUUGACAAAUCUGGUGCCACAGUUUGAUCCCGCACAACAUGACUUGGAACAGUACACACAGAAGGUAGAACUGCUUUCAAGUAUUUGGCCAGCAACGAAGAUGAAUGAACUUAUCACACGUCUCAUACUGGGAACGAGUGGAGCUGCGUUUCAGAAACUACAGCUCCAACGAAGCGACAUGAUGACCGGAGAUCAGAAGGGUGUGGAACGCCUCGUGACCAUUCUUGGAGGUCAAUGGGGCAAAAUAUCACUUGAGAAGAAGUAUGAAACGUUUGAGAAAGCCAUCUACCGUUGCCAGCAGCGAAAUGAUGAAAGCAAUGAUAGCUACCUUGCCAGAGCCGAUGUCUUGUGGACAGAACUCUUGACAAGCAAGGUGUCUCUGCCGGAACUGCAGGCAUAUGCCAUUCUCAGAGGAUCGCAACUGUCAGCAGAGGACAAAAAGCGUGUCAUUUUGGAGUCAGAAGCCACCACCCAGGGAGUGCUUGAAAUGUCUAAGGUGAACGCAGCCGUGAGAAUGCUGGGAUCAGGGUUUUUCCAUGAUGUCACCGGUGCCAAAAAGAUCAAAGGAAAGAUCUAUGACAAUCAUGCUCUCAUAGCCGAAGAUGUAGCAGAAUCUGAACAGGUCUUGGUAGCCGAGGAAACCUUCGAAGAGGACUUCGUUGAUCAGUUAGCUGCUGAGGGUGACGAUGAUGCAAUUCUGGUUUGUGAGUAUGAGUCAGCAAUGCAAGACACCAUACAAGAAGAUGAAGAGUUAGCCCAAGCCUACAAUGCAUACACCGAAGCCAGAAAGAGGUUGAGUGAUCGGUUCAAGAAUCGAGGUUUCUGGCCUAGCAGUGGUUCGUUCAAAGGCAAGUCAAAGGGGUUCAAGGGGAAAGGAAAAUCCAGCCUGAAAGGCAGUCGCAAAAGCCUGCAACAACGGAUUUUGGAAUCCAACUGCCGCAUUUGCGGCAGAAAGGGUCACUGGAAGUCCGAAUGUCCAGAUAGGCCACGAAGUACAGCUGGUCAGUCUUCCUCAAGCCAAGCCCCUACCAUGACAGUGUCCACCAUGCCAGAACCGUUUCCAUCAGAGGAAACACUGCCUUUGGAGUUCACGAUGCUGCCAGAAGUUCAUGAUCAACCGAUCGAUGACACCAGUCCGAGUGAAGCCAGUCUCCUGAGACCGCAACCGAGACAGAAUGAGCCAGCCACAGCCGUGCAUUUUGCCGAAAAGCUUGCAAAAGACGAGCAGAUUUUGUUCGCUUCCCAUGGAACGCAUGGUAUCCUAGAUACUGGCGCGACCAAAACGGUCAUGGGCAGCAAUCAGGUGCCAGAGCUUUUACAGCAACUGCAUCCAGAGAUCCGAAAGCGCACGUACAGAUGUCAAUGCAAGAUCACCUUCCGGUUCGGAAAUGAAGGCACGUUGGACAGUCAGCAUGUAAUUGUCAUACCCUUAGGACAAGUGGGUCUUAAGAUUGCCAUAGUUCCUGGAGGUACUCCUUUGUUGCUUUCCAACUCACUGCUCCGAACCUUGAAGGCACAGGUAGAUGUUUCUCAAAAGGUCCUGAUCAGUCCGUUUCUGAAGAAACCUGUAAGUUUAAGUCUGAACGGAAGAGGUCUUUUCCUGGUUGACAUCAAUGAACUUGCUUUAUCAUCAAGAACAACAGGGCCCUCAGCCGAGACCUUUAUGCACGAGACACUGGAUGCGAAGUCACUCCAGGAAACAGGGGUGAGCCCAGUCCGUUUGAGUUCACAUGUCAUGUCCGAGAACACUGCCGAAAUGAUGCAAACACAGAAUGCAAAGCAUACCCACAUGAGCCUAUCCGAGCGCCUGAGCAGACUCAGCUCCUCCAAGGGAGAUCCCGAGGAGAUGGAGAAAUUCAAGUCGCUGUCACUGGAAGAGAUGGGAUCGUCACCCAUCACCUUCGGAAAGGCACAUUUGGGCCGUCCAUUUGCAGAGAUCUGGAAUCAAGAAGCCAAGUGGCUCCAAUGGUUUGUGCGCACCUACGAGACGUCCCAAAAGAUCGAUCACAUGAAGCUGCUGCAUUACGUGACCCUCAUGAUCGAGAGGUCCGAGAUGGAGGCACCCACGGAGCCUUCACAGAUGCCAGUUCCUCGUCCCAAGCCAAAGCCGAAAAGUCAACCAGCCCCGACGGUGUCAGAGAUCUCCGACGAGGAGGAUGCUUGGCUAGAGAUGCAGAACCCACCGACAUACUCCCUGAACGCCAUGGAGUCCGAGAACAUCAUUGCGCUGCAGUCGCGCAUGAAUCAGUUGGAGGGAGCCGUGAGCGAGAUUCUAGGUGAUUUGUCCACCAUUGAGGGCAGAGAGAAACUGUUUCAUUUGGUUGUUCAAAGGCAGCCCCAGAACUUGUGGUUCAGUCCAACAUGUGGACCAUGGUCAGCAUGGAACAACCUCAAUGCAGCAAAGUCCGUGUCAAGUUUUGACUCCAUCCAUCGUCAGCGGCUACAGCACUUGUACCAGGUCGCUCUUGGUGUUGUUUUGUUCAGAUACCAAUACUCACAGAAAAGACAUUUCCACUGGGAACAGCCUCGCAGAUCCCUCAUGUUCAUGACGCCGUUGCUAAGAGAGAUCUAUGAGUACACAUACAGUGCGAAGUUUGACAUGUGCAAUGUGGGGUCGCCCAAAGAUCCUGAGAACCACCAAUUCAUCCAAAAGGGUCUGGAAGUGCGCACCACGUCACAUGUCGUGUACAGCCAGCUGCAUGGUAGGUUCUGCCGGCACGACCAUGAACAUCAAGUGCUGGAAGGGUCGACUGUCCACCAAGGGGUUAGGAAGAACCGAACAGAGUUUUCCGAAAACUACCCAAGAAAGUUUGCCCGCAGCCUUGCCAAGAUGUUAACAAGUUUUGCCAACAUCCGUUCAGAACCAAAAGAUUUUUCUCAGUGGAAUGAGGUGUUUGCUGCAGCGGUGAAACGACAGUCUUCCACCCGUGCUGGGACAAAAGAAUCGCCAGCAAAGCGCAUCCGGACAAACACUGCCAAGAAAUCAGAGCCACUCACUGACUCCAAUAAGAGGAAACGCAAGGACGAGACCAAUCCCAAAGACUUCAAUAUGACCCAAAGGGAUGACUUAUAUGAUCUGUGCAAUAAAGUCCAUAGCCAACUUCCCAGAGUAGGCCGCAAAGAAAUCCUUGAAUCCGAGAUCAUUCAAAACAUUCAAGAAAUCAUUGGAGAAAAGAAAGUGGUUCGAGUUCUUGCCUGCAAGGGAACCGAACGCAUGCUGGCACCUCCCAAGAACAUGAUGCAUGGAGAAGCUCCCUUUAGAAAGACCAUAGCACUCGAACGUGGGCCUCCAAAUGAAGUGAUUGCAGAUUCCGCUACAGAAUUCAACAACCCGGAAUUUGACCAGUUUCUCCGACAAUUCAAUACAAAGCUCACCAUUAUCCCACCACAAGCACACUGGCAAUUGGGUAAGACCGAGCGACAUGGAGAUGUAUUGCAACACAUGCUCAACAAAUAUCAAGAAGAUUUCCCAAUUGAGAACUAUAGUGACCUGCAAAGAGCUCUUAUGGUUUGCACUGCUGCCAAGAAUGCAUGUAGCUUGCGUCAUGGCUUUGCACCCGAAGUGCUUGUGUUUGGAAAAGGGUUGAAAGUUCCAGGCUCACUCACAAGUGAUGACACAUUACCGGCUCAUAGCCUUGCUAAUGAAGAUUCCGCCUGGGGCAUCAGAUUCCGAACACAACUCGCCAUGAGAGAAAGUGCGAGAAAGGCCUUCCAUGAGGCUGACAACAAGGCAGCCCUUCGCCGUGCUGCUCUACGACGAGAAAGACCAAGCCGGGAUGAUGAUGAUGAGCUGGUCUGCGACCUGUUAACAUGCUCCGAUGUUGCGAAUGAAAUGCCUGUGCCAUCCAGUGCCAACUAUGCCUGGCGAAUGGAACUCGAAGUUCCUGAGGUGAUCUCGAGUGACAGCUACAUGCCAAUAGAGGAUCUCAUCCUUGUAGCCACCAACCAGAAGAAACAAAGAACCGAGGUAAAAUUGAGCACACUGUCACCAGAGGAAAAGGAAGAGUUCGAAAAGGCCAAGCAAAGUGAGGUCAAUAAUUGGCUUCAAACAGGCACAGUUAGCAAAGUCCUGCGCGAUCAACUGUCACCAGAACAGAUUUUGCGCUGUCGUUGGAUCCAUGUCUGGAAGCCGAUAGAAGAUCCAAAGGAACAACAACGACAUGGAAAAUGCCGGAAGGCCAAGUCACGACUCGUUGUCCUAGGAUAUAUGGACCCAGAACUAGAGACCAUUCCAAGGGAUAGCCCAACGCUGAAUCGACAAUCAAGAAUGCUAAUUCUUCAAAUGAUUGCUUCCUUAGAAUGGACCCUUAGAUCCUUUGACAUCAAGGCAGCAUUUCUGCAAGGCAGGACCCAAGAAAAUCGCACGAUAGCAAUUGAACCAGUUCCUGAACUCAUGAAGGCAAUGAACCUAAAGGAACGAGAAGUUUGCCGGUUGGAAAAAUCAGCAUAUGGCCUAAUCGAUGCACCAUACCUGUGGUUUAAAGAACUUGAUCGAGUACUCCGACAGCUCUCUUUCAUUCCAUCUCCAUUUGAUCCCUGCGUUUACCUCUUGUACAAGGAGACACCUGAGUCCAAGGUAAAUGAAGACGAAAGGCUUGGCCUACGUGAAUACCUCUUGAGCCAUAGACGUUUGCCGUGGCCGGCAUUUGCAGAAGCUUGGGUUGCUUGGAUUCCGAUUGAGCAGAAGCUGAGUGGUGAAAAGGUGUGGAGUCGCCCACUGUCUUCUGACCGCGCCACCCGCAGUCGUAGCCAGGCGCACCGCGGGGCGGCCGCCGUGUCGGGGGCCUCAACGCACCAGAGCAACGAGGAGGUGCGUGCCACCGACAGCGAAGUGAUGGGCACCUCUCUGUCAGAGGCCUCUCCAAGGAACCAAGCUCCGUUCAGCCUCGGCAGCCUCCUGGCGGAUGCUGAAGAUGUGGCGCAAGACGAGGAUCCUCCAGAUCCUCCAGCGCGCUUUGAGAGUGAGCGCAGUGGCUGGCUGGCAGAAAUCUGCAAAGAACACGAGAGUGUCCAGCCCUUGCCCAAGCGAGACGCCUUCUGCGCAGGUCGAGCAACUGCUGAAGAAGAGACCACCAUGGUUUUUGCGCUACCGGGCCAACGCGGCAGCGAGGAGAAAACGUCAGGGCUGGACACAGUGCUUCGAGCGGCCUUGGGGCAGGUACGCCAAGAAGCGAAGGCUUGCUUUGAAGAGGCUCCAUUGGGGCAUGCCAAGGAUGAGUUUCCGACUGGCUUCCUGGAGGAAGUCUUGCGCCGCGGCACGGAUCGCAUGUUGGAGAGUCCCACCAGCGAGAAGGGACUCUAUGGAUUGGAGGAUGCCCAAAUGGAAGAUGCUGCCGACGUUCCGUGCAGGCCACCAGCUGUGCAGGGUGAAGGCACCGAAAACACGGCAGAGAAGGAUGAGAAGGUAGACGUGGAGGAUGCUUUGAUCCAAGAGGAACAAGUUGUUGAGAAGGUAGAAGAGAAAACGAUGGGUGAGGAGAAAAUUGAGGAGAAAGCGGUUGAAGAAGAGAAAGUGGUUGAAGAAAAGGUGGUUGAGGAAGAAAGGACGGUUGAAGAGGUGGCUGAAGAGGAGAAUGUAGAAGUACAAGAGAAGCUGGUAGUUGAAGAGGAGCAGGUGGAGGAGACAACAGUGACUGUCAAAGACACACUGAUGGAAGAUACCCAUGUGACCGAAAAGCAGAAACUCAUCGAGGAGAGCGUGGAGGAGGAGAAACUGACGGAUCCAAAGCAGAUCCCGCAGCCGGCAGUUGAACCGGAGAAAGUCAUGGAGACCUUGGAGACAGUGGAGCUGCCCGAGAAAGUGACCCAGGAAGAAAAACUCGAGGUUCCGGCGGCAGAGGCAAAAGAAACACCAAAGGAUGAGGGAGAG